CCCUUAUUUCGAGUGAAGGGUUUGCCCAGCAGACCAUGCUCGAAGCCUCCUUCACUACGAUGCGCUCAAAGUCCAAAAUAGACACUCAUGAACUUGGAACUGGAGUCACGUAGAAGUAUAUAUCAAUUUAAUUUUCUUAAACCCGAAAUAGCGAUGCAUAUACAUAUGCAGAUAAGUCUUGGCUCGGGUUUAGUAAGCGAUCAUGAAUGGCAGUGGCUUGUCAUCUAUGAUUUUCAUAAGGUAUUUCUAAAUCAUCUGACCGCGAGGAGAUUAUUAAAAUCAGGAAAACAUGUUUCGGACAGUAGCAAGAGUAAGACAAGGCAUGAGAGACCUCACGCAACGUUCUCGUAUAUCUGCUUCUUUAAAUUAUCCACACAAGAUACCACUGAGUACACAGGCUGGUAUACAGGGCCAAGACGAGUAUACGCACAUUAUUGUGGGAGCCGGGUCUGCAGGAUGUGUUCUGGCUAAUCGUCUCUCUGCCCAACCUAGCAACAAUGUUCUACUCUUGGAGGCGGGACCAAAAGACAAUUCGUGGACGAUCCAAAUGCCAGCUGCUUUGGGGGUUUGUCUUGGCAGCAAAACACACAACUGGUAUUACCACACAGUUCCUCAAAGGCACCUUAACAACAGGAAGAUGUACUGGCCAAGAGGUAAGGUCCUAGGUGGUUCCUCAUCUAUCAAUGGAAUGGUAUACAUCCGAGGUAAUGCUGCUGACUACGAUAGAUGGGAGAGAGAGGGCGCUAUCGGAUGGUCCUAUGCAGAUUGCCUUCCAUACUUCAAACGUGCCCAGUGUCAUGAGAAAGGUGCAGAUGACUACAGAGGAGGGGAUGGCCCGCUUCAUGUCUCCGUCGGUAAAUCAGAAAACCCUCUAUUCGCAACGUUCGUUAAGGCGGGUGAGGAAUGCGGAUACCCAUACACACCUGACAUGAACGGAUAUCAGCAAGAAGGGGUUGGAUACCUUGAUAUGACAACCUUCAAGGGAAGGCGAUGGAAUAGCUCAAACGCAUAUCUUGGGUCAGAAGAUGUCCGGAAAAGGACCAACCUGACAAUCCAAUCACGAGCAUUAGGUGAAAGAGUUUUAUUCGAGGGGAUAAAGGCAGUAGGCGUGGAAUUUUCCUGUGGUAAUGAAAAAAAGGUUGCAAGGGCAUCACAAGAAGUUAUUCUGUCCGGUGGAGCAGUCAAUUCACCGCAGCUGCUAAUGCUGUCUGGAGUAGGAAAUGGAGAUGAGUUGAAAGAGCUGGGAAUUCCAUUAGUUGCUCACCUUCCCGGCGUGGGUCGGAACCUUCAAGAUCACUUGCAACUUUACAUCCAGUAUCAAUGCAGGAAGCCUGUCACACUUUAUACACCCAAGUGGAAGACGCCCUUUUCUAUGGUCAAAAUAGGACUUGAAUGGUUCAUGUUCAAGACUGGGCUCGGCACAACAUUUCACCUUGAAGCAGGAGCUUUUGUGAGAAGCCGUCCGGGAGUAGAUCAUCCAGAUAUCCAGAUGCACUUUUUGCCAGUCGUAGUUCAUGAUCAUGGUCAAGUACCCGGAGACUGCCACGGUUUUCAGAUUCAUGUCAAUACAUUGAGGGAGAGCAGUAGAGGCUUUAUCAAGCUUAUGUCUCGUGAUCCCGCCGUGCAUCCACUCAUUGAUCCUAACUACUUCGACGCUGAAGUUGAUAUUAGGGACUUGCGACAAAGUAUCAAGAUCACUCGAGAGAUCAUCGCCCAGAAGGCCUUUGAUGAAUACCGUGGGGAAGAAUUGUCGCCAGGAGCGUCUGUCCAGACGGAUUCUGAACUUGAUGACUUCAUCCGUGCUAAAAGCGAGACAAUCUACCAUCCAACCUCAACCUGUAAAAUGGGUUCUGAAGACGAUCCAAUGGCUGUAGUUGACCACAAUACCAGAGUCUUUGGCCUAGAGAAUCUCAGGGUUGUUGAUGCUUCAAUUAUGCCAAGCAUCGUCAGUGGAAACACCAAUGCUCCAACAAUCAUGAUUGCUGAGAAGGCGGCCGACAUUAUCCUCGGUAAUAACCCUCUAGAAAAAAGCAACGUGCCGAUUUGGAGACCGACAUCCUUAGAUACCCAGAGGGAGGGUGAACCCUUGGUUAAAUACUAUGACGCUGAAUAAGAGUUUCGUCACUUUUUGCCAUAACCA